AUGAAGCUGCUCUGCUACGAGUCCAUGGCCGCUCUGCUGCUGCUUCUUCCAGUUUGUCGGGCUGCUCACGGACGCUUCGCUCAGAAGCUGCUCAACGACCUUUUCUCCAACUACACCAACGCCCUGCGGCCGGUGGAGGACACCGACCACAUCAUCAACGUCACGCUGCAGAUCACUCUCUCCCAGAUCAUCGACAUGGAUGAGCGGAACCAGAUCCUGACCACCUACCUGUGGAUACGCCAGGUGUGGAUGGACGCCUACCUCACCUGGGACAAGGACGACUACGACGGUCUCGACACCAUCCGCAUUCCCAGCAGCUACGUAUGGAGACCAGAUAUUGUUCUGUACAACAGUGCGGACGAUGAAUUCUCCAGCUCCAUGGAAACCAACGUAGUUCUCCGUCACGAUGGUCAGGUGAUGUGGGACCAGCCGGCCAUCACGAAAAGCUCCUGCUCCGUCGACGUGGCCUUCUUCCCCUUCGAUUUGCAGGAGUGUCACUUGACCUUCGGCUCCUGGACUUACAAUGGAAACCAGAUGGACUUGUCCAAUGCCCUGGACAGUGCUGACCUGUCCGACUUUGUCUCCAACGUUGAGUGGGAGGUUCUUGGGAUGCCAGCCAAGAAGAACGUCAUCCUGUACGGCUGCUGUUCGGAUCCGUACCCGGACAUCACCUUCACUCUCCACCUGAAGAGACGGGCGUCCUUCUACAUCUUCAACCUCCUCAUCCCCUGCAUGAUGAUCUCCUUUCUGGCUCCGCUGGGCUUCUACCUGCCCGCUGACUCGGGUGAAAAGGUUUCCCUGGGCGUCACGGUGCUGCUGGCCCUCACUGUGUUUCAGUUGCUGGUGGCUGAGAGCAUGCCGCCCUCCGAGAGCGUCCCACUGAUAGGAAAAUACUACAUAGCGACCAUGACGAUGGUGACUGCUUCCACAGCUCUCACCAUCUUCAUCAUGAACAUUCACCACUGUGGUCCGGAGGCGCGUCCCGUCCCACCGUGGGCCGAGCGCUUCAUCCUCAACCACCUCGCCCGCAUCUGCUUCGUCUCUGAGGUCGGAGAGAACUGUUUCGGUCGGACUUCAUCCAACAAACAACCUCUGUCCCAGGACGAGUCCGAGGCCCCAUCAGCCAAUGGGAAUAACAGAGGAGCAAACUGGGAUGUGAACGGACAGGCCUGGGGAGGGAGGGGGGAGGAGGGCGGGUCAGGGGAGUCUUCGAAGGUGAGACAGGAUUUGACCAACCAGAAGGCCUGGAAGGAGGAUCUGCUGGUGACCAUCGACCACUCGAAGGAGGAAGGAGCUGCUGGUGGUGGAGAAGAGCAAGGAGAUGAGAAAAACCAUUUGUGUGGAGAAGAAGAUCUUGUGGAGGAACAGAAAGGAGGUGAAGUCCUGAAGAACAGGAGGGAGAUCUUGGUGAAGUGUAUCUGCCAGCACCAGGGACUGUGCAAGAACGUCGAGUACAUCGCCAACUCAUACCAGGACCAGCGAGCGGCACAGCUGCGCAUCGGGGAAUGGAGGAAGGUCGCCAAGGUCCUGGAUAGGUUCUUCAUGUGGCUGUUCUUCAUCAUGGUCUUCUUCAUGAGUAUCCUCAUCCUGGGAAAAGCCAUCUGAUAGAGAGCGAGCUUCAAAGAAUCACAAGAGGAGAAGUUAGUCGUAGAUCUAAUGAUUUGCUCCUUCAAUGUAACACUCCUCAUUUCCACUGGUGGUUUGUUAGUUCAUGAGCUUCAAGGCUCAAUCCAGACUAAACAAGUCAAAUCGCAUCAUUUUAAAGCUUCUAAAGAAAUCUCGUCCAACAUGAGUUUCCUAUUAAAGCAUAAACUUCAGGUUUCAGAUCUCAGAAGCUAACCCACUGUGCACUCGAUAUUUCCCAGUAGCUCUAAAGAUCUUCUAAUGUAUUAUCCAUAGGAGUCACAUGACCUGAUGCAACUGAGAAGAGCAAAGAUCUGUUUCCUUUACGUUAGAUAUGUUUCUGUCAAGUUGUCAUAAUAAAUGAAACAAAUUAUUAGUGAUUAUGAUCCAAACAACAUAAAUGUUUCCUGAGAAUCAGGAAAAAAAACCGUCACUGUUUUGAUGAAUCUACAGAAAACUGAUGCAGCACAUUAAUAGUAUUUUAUUUGCAUUUUCAUUUCAACAUCUUUGUUCCCUAUAUAACAGAACAUGGGACUGAGCUAGGUAGAUCUAUGUAUUUCAACCACACAACAUGCUACACACAUCUAUUUCUAUGCAGCUUCAUGCAGCUGGACACACAAGUCCUGCCGACUUGGUCCGAUUUAUAUUUAAGGACUUAUCUCAGCUGGAUUCACGAGAACCUGGUUUCAGUAUUUUGUUUGAAGGAAACUGUUUUCAGAUGAAUGUUCUAACGAAGAGAAGAAGUGAUGCAGUGAGCUUUACAGAACCCAGACUGGUUUACAUCUGUUUACAUGAUAACAACACUGACCUGAUCUACAGCAACACACUUUGUCUUACAACUGAACACAAACACAAAUGUCACAAUUUUAAAAAUGUUAUGUGUUUUGCGUGUGCGUUUUUUGCCAACUACAUGCCAGACUUUUUACAUCAAUCACAUUCAUAUUAAUUAUUAUGAACAACUCUGCUGAAAUGUUAUGAUUUCUGUAUCCUCCAACCGGAGAGGCUGGAAUCAGCAUCUGAGGUUCGGAGAUUCAAUUUGAUGAAUGUAUGUCAUCUAUGAAUAUUGUGGCAACUAAUUGUUACUUGUGUGUAUACCAAACGUGUCAGUUGUGAAUAUUUCUUUUUAAAAGUCCCUCAAACAGAGGAUUGGGCUGAAAGAAGGAACAGAACUCGAACCCAUGCUAACCUCAUGAUUCCCUUUGAGUGCAGUGUUUGUAAUGAUCAGUGUGUCAAACUGAUCCCAGUUACUACUUGUUGUAUUUCCUGUUUGU